AUGAACUCAUUCAAGACUCUACGCGCACCCGCAGGACGACUCCUCUUCACAAGAACUCUCGCUGGCACCACCGCAAUCAGAGUCAGGGCUUCUGGCCAAGCAACCGCCAACCAGGUCCUGUCUUCCAGAGUUGCCUUUGCAAGCGCAGGAGCAGGAGCUGCCUUCACCACCCACAGCCAUACUCACGGCACCAAACACGACGGCGGUCCAACAACCAACUUUUUCGAGCUCAAGGCAAAGGGGAACCGUCACCAGGAAGUGAGCAUGAGCGACUUUGAAAACAAGGUCAUCCUAGUUGUCAAUGUCGCUUCCAAGUGUGGGUUUACCGACCAGUACGCCGAACUAGAGUCGAUCUACAAAAAGUACAAGGACAAGGGCUUCACCGUUAUUGGUUUCCCCUGCAACCAGUUUGGAGGUCAGGAACCUGGGACUGAAGAAGUAGAGAUUGAAUCGUUUUGUCAGGUCAACUUUGGGGUGACCUUCCCCUUGAUGGCCAAGAUUGACGUGAACGGCAAGAGCGAAGACCCAGUCUACACGUUCCUCAAGUCACAAAAGUCAGGACUAAUGGGUUUGACAAGGAUCAAGUGGAACUUUGAAAAGUUUUUAAUCCGUAAGGAUGGCACCGUCUACGAACGAUAUUCAUCCGCCACAUCACCCACAUCGAUCGCUAAAGACAUUGAAAAGCUUCUUGCAGAACAAUGA